AUGAAUGUGAAUGGAAAUCUUGCCCUUGUAAGAUUGUUAAUACAUCUGUGUGAUCAGUUGUUCUUUUUGGAGUUGAUGAGGGAAGCCUCGGAUAUUGCGGGGUGUUUCAGUACAAGAGUUAGACAUCUUCUUCAUCUUCAUGUUGCUGGUGGAAUUGAGAGAUACAUGACGCGAUUGGUUCAUUGCUUUUGCAAUCCCCUCGGCUUAUUGAAUUGGGUGCUUUGUUUGAAUUUUAAAGGAGCCGAUGGUGGAGAUUAUCCUUCAGGAUUCUCCACUCAUUUUUCUGUUGAUGUCGAUGUGGCACCGACAAUGACAUUGAUGCUUCCAGAUUCUAUAAAGUUGGAUUAUGAUCUUACUUGCCCUAUAUGCUUGGAAACAUUAUUUGAUCCAUAUGCUUUGGGUUGUGGGCAUCUCUUCUGUAAAUCAUGUGUUUGUUUAACUGCUUCAGUGAUGAUUUGUGAUGGACCGAAGGCUGCCCGCUAGGAGUCUAAAUGCCCGGUUUGUAGAGAGGUUCGUGUUUAGUAUUUGAAGCAUUUAGAUUAUUUUCCAUGAGCUGUUAUGAUUUGAAAAGUUUGAGAAAAAGACGAACGGGGGAGAAAAAUUAAAUGUCAUCUCAUGGAUCAAAUUGAUGCAGUAAUACCUUUGGGAUACUUGACAAGUGGAAAUAUCGCCAUUGUUCUUUUUUGACUUAGUGUAUCUUCACAGCCUCAAAACUAUGUUCUUGAAUUCUUCCUGGCUUAAACGUAUCUACAAUGCUAAUUUGCUUUUUAAAAUCUUGCUAUGUGCUUUUGCUCACUGGUUAUCUUUCUGUUAUUUUUUCCAAUGAGAAUUCAUCGUCUGCUUCUAUUUUUAUGAGAAUGUUUAACCAUCAUGCUAUUUACAUGGCCAUUUUUCGACGUCCUUCUACUGUUUUCCCAAACGCUUGCAUACUCAUAAGGAAAAGAGAAGUAUAGGAAGGAAGAGUGUUGUUUAAAAAUGUUGCUGUUAAAACCAAGAAAUAACGAUUUGUUCUGUGUUGUUUGCUUAAAAAUGUUGCUG